AUGGCUGAGUCACAGCAGACUGCAGGCUCUGCGCUGCAGACCGUGGUUGAUUCAGACUCAGAAGCAGAAGAUACCAUCAACACACCUGAGGACUCACCCGAAGCCAGCACAGACGCGCCAGCCAAGAAGAAAAAGAAGAAGUCGAAGAAGUCGAAAGUCGCUGCAGCGCUAGGUAUGGACAAAGGCAAAAUAACAGAGGAGAAGGUCGACACAAUACUAGACAACAAUCCUGCGCUCAAGAGCGAGGUGGCAGGCAUGACGCCUGAGCAGAAACAGCAGAUAGUCAAGAAUGCUAACUUGGAAGAGCUACUGACUGGAAUGUCGUUAAGUGCCAACCAGAAGGACAUGGCGUCCCACAAGUUCUGGAGCACUCAACCAGUACCGCGACUGGGAGAAGCCAAGGCAGAUCGUGAGAAGCAAGCUGAUGGUCCAAUAAAAGACGUGACACCAGAACAAGUACCGAAAACGGCUGCACCUUUACCCGAAGGAUACGAAUGGGUUGAGCUGGACCUGCUGAACGACAAGGAGCUUCAAGAGACGUUUGAACUACUGAACAACCACUACGUUGAAGAUGACAAGGCCAUGUUUCGUUUCAGUUACUCAAAGACCUUCCUCGAUUGGGCUCUAAAAGCACCAGGCUGGAGGAAAGUUUGGCACGUGGGCGUGAGAGCCCAAGGGAAGAGCCGCUUACUUGUAGCUAGCAUAUUUGGCAUUCCGACCAAAUUGCGUGUUCGGGACAAACUGGUAGACGUCGUCGAGAUCAAUUAUCUUUGCAUACACAAGAAGCUGCGGUCGAAGAGGUUAGCUCCGGUACUAAUCAAGGAGAUCACUCGAAGAUGUAAUCUGGAGGGCAUCUACCAGGCCAUUUACACAGGAGGCACUGUCUUACCUACACCUGUGAGCACAUGUCGGUACUUCCACAGACCACUACAAUGGCUUAAAUUGUACGAAGUUGGCUUCUCACCACUACCACCGAAAAUGACACCUGCCCGAAUGGUACAAAGAAACAAAGUGCCAGAGAAGGUAUCGACAGCUGGCUGGCGCGAGAUGCAGGAGAAAGAUGUCGACGGCGUCAUGCAAUUACUGUCGAAAUAUCUCAAGAGAUUCCAGCUGGUUCAAGACUUCACGAGAGAAGAAGUUGAACACUGGUUUCUGAACCGCCAACAGGAUCCCGAAGAACGAGUAAUAUGGACGUUUGUGGUUGAGAGCAAGGAUAACGGCAGCAUAACCGACUUUGCGAGCUUCUACAACUUGGAAAGCACAAUCAUUGGAGGCGUCAAACAUAACAAGAUUAAAGCAGCCUAUUCGUACUACUACGCGACUAGUACUGGGCUCGAUUCAGGAGAAGCAGGUCUCAAAGAGCGAGUUACGAGUCUGAUGAGUGACUGUUUGGUGGAAGCAAAGAAGGCUGGUUUUGAUGUCUUCAAUGCGCUGACAUUGCUUGAUAACCCUCUGUGCCUUGAGGAUCUCAAAUUUGGUGCAGGCGAUGGUUUUCUGCACUACUAUCUGUACAACUGGCGAACAGCACAGAUAGCAGGUGGUAUCGAUCAAAAGAUGCUAGCAAGUGCCGAUUUCAGAGGAGGAACAGGCAUGGUUAUGCUUUAG